AUGGCCAACUGCCUGGUGCUGUUGUACAUCGGCCUCUUCAGCAAUUUCGGCCUGAGCAUCGUCGUCUUCACGGUGCUCAUCCGGCUGGCGACCAUGAACCUGACUCUCAAGCAGGUCAAGUCCACCCGCGCCAUGUCCACCCUGCAGCCCAAGAUGAAGGAGCUGCAGGCCAAAUACAAGGGCGACCGGCAGAAGCUCUCAUCGGAGACCUUCAAGCUCUAUAAGGAACACGGCGUGAACCCCAUCGGCUGCCUGGGGCCGCUGGUCAUCCAGUUCCCCAUAUGGAUCGGCCUCUACUGGGCCCUCAUCCGUGUGCUGCCCUCGAGCCCGGAGAACCUCGUGGACCUGUCCAAACUGCUGUACGGCUGGCUGCCGGUAGUCCACAGCGCGGUGCCCGUCGACAGCACCUUCCUCUGGCUGGACCUCGCGGUGCCGGACACCCUGCCCAUCAUGCCGCUGCUGGUGGGCGCGUCCAUGUGGGUCCAGCAGAAGAUGAUGACCUACCCCAGCCAGGACCCCAAGCAGGCGCAGACGCAGCAGAUGAUGCUGUGGAUGAUGCCCCUGCUCUUUGUGUUCCUGACCUUCAGCUUUCCCAGCGGGCUGGCGCUUUACUGGCUGACGUCCAACCUCAUGGGUGUCGGCAUUCAAUACGUAACCACAGUCGAAGAGGCAAUCGAGCUGGCGCUAAAGCAGCUCGACGUAAGACGCGAAGAGGCCGAAAUCGAGGUUCUCAGUCACGGUAAGGCCGGCAUCUUUGGCUUCGGAUCGGAGCCGGCCCGAGUCCGUGCGACCCUUCUUGAGGAAGGCGGGCUCGUGCAGUCCGCCAAGGCGAUUGUGGACCAGCUGCUGCGUGCGAUGGGCGUCUCCGCCAUUUCCACCAUCUCCAAGCCGCCAGCCGACUCGCCCGACACCCAGCUCAUCGAGAUUACCGGCGACGACUCCGGCCUCCUCAUCGGCCGCCGCGGCGAGACCCUGCGCCCCGAGGGCCGCGUCAUGCUGGACGUCGAGCAGUACCGCCAGCGCCGCACACAGGUGCUCAAGGGCCUCGCAUUGCGCGUGGCCGACCGCGUCGCAGGCUCAGGUCGCUCCUUCACCCUCGAGCCCAUGUCCCCGGCCGAGCGCCGCGCCAUCCACGUCGCCCUCACGGACCACCCUCGAGUCAUGACGCAGAGCGAGGGCGAGGGCGACGACCGCAAGUUGCGGGAGUUUGUGCAUCAGGAGGCCACAGUGACCACGGAGUUCCAGGACGGGGCAGUCCACCCCAUGGUCGCGGCGGCGAUGACCGUGCUUGGCGUCGACUACGAGAUCGUCCCUUGCGACCCUAACUUCGCCGACACGACGGAGUUCUGCCAGAAGUACGGGUAUCCCAUGGACACCAGCGCCAACACCAUCAUCGUUGCGUCCACCCGAGGUGCAAAGGCCACUGCGCCUGCCUCGUGCAGUCGUCGAAGCGUCUCGACGUGA